AAUCCUGGCGUUGGGAAGGAGGGAAAGAGACAAAACGGGAGCCAGAUGUGAGCGAGUCACCCCCAACCCCCGCGCCCGCCUCCUCCCUCCUCGCGGGCUUUCUAAAACCCGGAGCCCUUGCCCGGCGAGGAUUCGGAGCCAGACGGUCGGCCGAGCAAACUCCGCUGCUCCGGGAAUGCAGGCCAGGAGGGAGGGGGAAGGAAGCCGGGCAUGCUCAGUAGGCGGGACAAAGUUUUUUUUUUCUCCUCCUUUUUUUUUUUUUUUUUUCUCGUUCGCAAGUAGGAAGCUUUUUGCACUCCACCACCUCUGGCCGCUGGGAAGACGUCAUCGCUUCCGCCCUACUUCCUCCUCCUGUUGGCGGCUGUGAGAAUCCAAUAUGGAGUAAAUCGGUGGAGUGGAGAGAUGGGGCUCGGAAGGGGCGCCCUGCACCGCCUCCCAGGCGCACCUCCCCCGGCCGCCGACCGCUCCCCGGAACCGUGAUUGGUCCGCCCCCCACCCCCGGGGGCGACCCCGGACCCAGCCCCCACCGGCGGCCGGCCCGCUCCUCCUCCUCCUCCUCCUCCUCCUCUCAGCAAGUCCCUGCCGCUCCGAGGCGCGCUUGUUUUUCUCCAGCUCUCCCCGCCGCCGUCCCCUGCCCCAAUCUCGCCCCGCCGCCCCUCGCGCGCCCAGCAGCCCCCGCCCGCCUCGCCCGCCGCCGCUGCCUCCUCUUGCAGCUUGCCUCGGCGCUGCUGCCCCGCACCUUACCCCGCGCCCCGGCUGCCCUGCUUCCCCUCCUGCUUGCGGCGCCCCCUUCGUCUACAGCCGCUGGCCCCCCACCUUCAAUCAGGCCAUCUCUGGAGAUGUGAAGAAGGGGGGUGAGCGGACAGGAAGAUGAAGGGAGCAAAGCUGCCCGCUGCGGGACAGGCGUCUAGGUGAACAGGAAAAUGACCGAAGAAACACACCCGGACGAUGACAGCUAUAUUGUGCGUGUCAAGGCUGUGGUUAUGACCAGAGAUGACUCCAGCGGGGGAUGGUUCCCACAGGAAGGAGGCGGGAUCAGUCGCGUCGGGGUGUGUAAGGUCAUGCACCCCGAAGGCAGUGGACGAAGCGGCUUUCUCAUCCAUGGUGAACGGCAGAAAGACAAGCUGGUGGUACUGGAAUGCUAUGUAAGAAAGGACUUGGUCUACACCAAAGCCAACCCAACGUUUCAUCAUUGGAAAGUCGAUAAUAGGAAAUUUGGACUCACUUUCCAGAGCCCUGCUGAUGCGCGAGCUUUUGACAGGGGAGUGAGGAAAGCAAUCGAAGACCUUAUAGAAGGCUCCACGACUUCAUCUUCCACCAUCCAUAACGAAGCCGAGCUUGGUGACGAUGAUGUUUUUACAACAGCUACGGACAGUUCUUCGAACUCCUCUCAGAAGAGGGAACAACCUACACGGACAAUCUCCUCUCCCACAUCCUGCGAACACCAGAGGAUUUAUACCCUGGGCCACCUCCACGACGUGUACCCCCCGGACCAUUAUCACCUCGACCAGCCGAUGCCGAGGCCCUACCGCCAGGUGAGCUUCCCGGACGAUGACGAGGAGAUCGUGCGCAUCAACCCCCGAGAGAAGAUCUGGAUGACGGGCUACGAAGACUACCGCCAUGCACCGGUCAGGGCCAAGUACCCGGACCCCUCAGAGGACAUGGACUCAUACGUGCGCUUCGCCAAGGGCGAGGUCCCCAAGCACGACUACAACUACCCCUACGUGGACUCCUCAGACUUUGGCCUGGGCGAUGACCCAAAGGGACGUGGGGGCAGCGUGAUCAAGACGCAGCCCUCCCGGGGCAAGUCCCGGCGGCGGAAGGAGGACGGCGAGCGCUCACGGUGCGUGUACUGCAGGGACAUGUUCAACCAUGAGGAGAACCGCAGGGGCCACUGUCAGGACGCGCCCGACUCCGUGAGAACUUGCAUCCGCCGAGUGAGCUGUAUGUGGUGCGCAGACAGCAUGCUCUAUCACUGUAUGUCGGACCCCGAGGGGGAUUACACAGACCCCUGCUCGUGCGACACCAGCGACGAGAAGUUUUGCCUCCGGUGGAUGGCUCUUAUUGCCUUGUCUUUCCUGGCUCCCUGUAUGUGCUGUUACCUGCCCCUUCGGGCCUGCUACCACUGCGGCGUGCUGUGCAGGUGCUGUGGGGGCAAGCACAAAGCGGCCGCGUGACCCAGCGCUGCCCUCCCGCCCCCCUCCACCACCGCACCCAACCACAAGGGAACCUGUCGUUGGCAUCAUCAUCGUCAUUGUCUCCGUCUCUCGAUGCGCUCUUGUUCUCCACCGGGACCGUGAGGCGCCAUUCCAGCCCUGGGAACCCGCCUGGGGGGCUCGCGGCUCCACACACAC